CACAUUAGAUAGAAAAAUGGCCUACGCCUUCCUUCUACUCAUCAUGGCUCUAGCCAUGCCUCACAUCUCAGCGCAAGGGACAACGCCUUCAGCUAGCCCCACCCCCAACCUUCCGGCGCCAUUGUCAGCCGCAGCCCGGGAGUUCCUCGACGGACACAACCAAGCAAGGGCAGCCGUUGGGGUUGGCCCACUCAAAUGGAGCGAGGGGCUAGCCAAUGGCACGAGCCGACUAGUCCGGUACCAAAGAGACAAAAUGGGCUGCAAGUUUGCCAACGUGAGCAAUAGCAAGUACGGUGGAAACCAGCUGUGGGCAAGCGGCGCCGUGACGCCACGCACGGUAGUCGAUGCAUGGGUGAAAGAGAAAGAGUACUACAACCACACCGACAACUCGUGCCUGCCGAACCACACGUGCGGGGUGUAUACUCAGGUCGUGUGGAGGAAAUCUCUGGAGUUAGGGUGUGCUCAAGCAACAUGUGUGAAGGAGAGCGCCAGUCUAACCAUAUGUUUCUAUGAUCCUCCUGGGAAUACUGUUGGGGAGAGUCCGUACUAGAGAAGUUAAUGAUCGAGCUUUCUCUUCUUUGUAAUAGCACUAUAGCAGGAUCUGAUUUUAAAGCUUAUAUACCUGGUUAUGGAAGUUUUGAUGGCAGCUUAAUGUAAAAUAAAUUUUUUGAGGUACAAAAAUAGAGCAGAGAUCUUUUUUACA